AACUCCCGGCUUUUAAUUGAUCAUUUUCAAAAAUAACGGUGGCUUUAAUCUCCACCGUCCGUUGACACAAGGACAACCAUCCGAUAAUUUUGUGACAAUAAAAAAUAAAUAAAAUGGAGACAAAGCAAUUGCUGAGGAAGCAACAAAAGAUGCGCCAUUCCUUCUCUGACUGCAUACCUUGGUUUUCUAAAGGAUAUUUUUUCUGAAAUGACCAAACUGCCCCUCCCUUCCUCCCCCUUUCUUCUUUAACCUCCUUCCAUUUGCAUCGUAGCAGAGAGUUGUUGCCAUGGCGAGGUCUUCGGCGUCAAUGGCGAUGUCGACGGCGGCGCCGGUUAUUAAACCGGAGGAAUACGGGCACAGUCCCGUUCACUAUGCCGUGGCCUUGGGGGAUCACACUACUUUGUCGCGACUUGUGUCGUCGCUCCCUCGACUCGCCGAUCCCGCUCAGAUUCACACCGAAUCGGAGUCUCUCGCCCAGGAACGAAUGGCCGAACAGAUCGCCGCUGUACUCGACCGUCGUGACGUUCCAUUCCGGGAGACUCCACUACAUCUGGCUGUUCGUUUGAAUGACUCGUUCGCCGCCCGGGCUCUCGCGGCCGCCGGUGCCGACGCGUCCCUGCAGAACUCCGCCGGUUGGAAUGCUUUGCAGGAGGCGUUGUGCCGCCGGUGCUCUGACGUCGCCCUGAUUCUCCUCCGUCUCUACCACCGCUCCGCCUGGGCGAAGUGGCGACGACGACUGCCGCGCCUCGUGGCCGUUCUUCGUAGAAUGAGGGAUUUUUACAUGGAGAUUUCGUUUCACUUCGAGAGUUCGAUCGUUCCGUUUGUAGGUAAAAUUGCCCCGUCCGAUACAUACAAGAUUUGGAAGCGCGACGGUAAUCUACGAGCGGACACGUCUCUCGCCGGUUUCGAUGGCCUGAAGAUCCAGCGCGCCGAUCAGAGCUUUCUCUUCCUCGGAGACGGAGACAGGGAGCAUGACGUACCGUCAGGUUCGUUGCUGGUUCUGAACCGCGACGAGCGAAAAAUUUUCGACGCUUUCGAGAACGCCGGAGCGCCGAUGACCGAGUCCGACAUUGCCGGUUUCUGCGCUCAGACCAGCGUUUACCGCCCUGGAAUGGACGUCACGAAGGCCGAACUUAUCGGACGAACGAACUGGAGAAGACAAGAGAAGACUGAGAGCGUCGGUGAGUGGAAAGCUAGGGUUUACGAAGUCCACAACGUCAUUUUCAGCUUCCGUUCUCGAAAGGUUGCUGGCGACGCUGACAUUGCUGGUGAACAAAUUCUACCAUUAGAAUUGGACGAAGAUGCGGACGGCUUUCUCGUCGCCGAAAACCCGAAUUUCGGUAUUCCGGAUCGGCGUCGGCACAGUAGCUUCGUGCGGGAGGAAAGAGAGUGGAUUACCGUAGGCAGGAAGAGCGUGGACAUUAUUCCUUCGGCAGCGCCUGAUCGAAGGAGACUAACGUCGGCAAUGGCACCGCCGCCGCCGCCGACGAAGGAGAAGGAGUACGUGAGAAGUCUAAGGCCGUCGGUAUGGCUAACAGAGCAGUUUCCAUUGAAGACGGAGGAGCUCUUGCCGUUGCUCGACAUUUUGGCCAGCAAAGUGAAGGCGGUUCGGCGAAUGAGAGAGCUCCUCACCACCAAGUUCCCGCCGGGAACAUUCCCGGUCAAGGUGGCGAUCCCGGUGGUACCGACGGUGAGAGUGGUGAUAACGUUCACGAAGUUCGUCGACCUUCAGCCGACGGAACAGUUCUACACGCCGUUUUCGAGCCCCGGGCACUUCCUGCAAGGGGGGAGAGAGCCGGCGGAGGACCAGUCGCGGCAGACAGAGAGCGCCAGCUCGGGCUGGUACUCAUCGUUUCCGUCCUCAUCCUCGUCGACGUCGACAUCGGCAGUUCCGGCGCCGUCCUGGCUUAGGAGAAGUAACAGCCACGCAAAGCAGCACCGGCUGCCGCCCCAGCAGCAGCAGCAGCAGUCGGAUCCGUUUGCGAUACCGAGCGGGUACGCGUGGACCAGCAUUGACGACAAGAAUCGGAAAAUGAAGAAAUCAAAGUCGACGAGGAAGUCCAAGUAGGAAGAUUCAAGCCCAAUUCAAAUUUUCAUUUAAUUUAAUUAAUGGGUUUGUGUUUGCGCCGAUUAAUUUUCUUAAUUUAUACAGUUUCCAUACUCACCUAAUCUAAUUUUCAAUGAUUUCGGCGUUAGAAA